GAAACAAUUCUCGUUGAUUUCAAACCACGUGUUGACACAAAACAACAGCUACUCUCCACUGAAGGAAAUAAACUUCUUUGAUGUUUCACACGGAGUGGAGAGUGCACAUCGAAAUGAUUUAAAUCCGGGAACAGACCUUCUUUCGAGGUGACCUGCUGUUAUGGAGUGUGUGUGUGUUUCUAAGGUGACGGUGAGAAGAAGUUAGCGAUUGGUUGGUGGCUAUGCAGUGAAAAUGAUGAUGAAAAUGAGCUGAUAUGGCGUAAUGCAGGUGUUGAACUUUGAAAGGAACUACGCAUACUAAGAGUUGCGAUGACAUGGAGGCCAAUACGAGGAAAGCGCAAGCAGGGAAGUCCUCGUAUAACUUGGCGCCACACUUUCAUGGAGGACCUCAGAAGAGUGGACACCAGGUGGGAGGAGGCUUCAGACAUUGACAGUGACAGAUCUUUGUGGAGACAGCUUGCCGCCCAAUGCGCCGAACGGCGCGGGAGGACCUCAGUAAUUAAAUUGUUGAAGUCUUCAGAGCGAUACAGAGCGUGACCUGCUGUGUAGUGUUAGACACACCUUGUGAAAACACGUGGGAUAUCAUACCAUACUUGACCUACGUCAGUGAAGAUUCGUACUGAGUCGAGAGGUUCAUACUAUCUGACUUCUACUUAGUUUCAGCUGCAAGCUAAGCUGUUUUGUUUUCAUUAUUUGGAUUCAUUCUUUCUUCAUUGUGGAAUCUGAACAAUUAAUAGUUAAAAGUUCAAACGUUUUAGUAUUAAUGUGGUGCGGAAGUUCAGAUUGAAAGAAAAAUGAAAAAUUACCAUUCUUUACUAAUUGGCUUCAUGAAGUUGGACGGCUGGCCGCGAAGUGGACUUAGUGAUCGUAGCGCCGGUCAAGCUAGUCUGGCUCACUUGCCCGUGCCCCCUUCAACUGGUCACAAGUGUCACGUAAUUACAGAGGAGUCAUCUCACGAGGUGGAAGUGGACAAUAUCAAUGAAAUGCUUGUGGACAACAGUCGAAUGGACAGCGUAGUGAAAAAUAAACUUUGCCGAAUGGACAAUUGUGAACACGGGGAAGAAGAAGAUUCGAACCGAUUCGAAGUGAACUUAAAUAAUGCUAGUGUUGGGAGCAGGUUCUGGAACACUAAUGAACUUCUUAAAACUUGCAGUUAUUUGCCAUCAGAUCGUAAUUAUUAUGUCAACCAACAUAAUAAAAAAUAUGACUCUAAAUGGAACCACGAUAGCUCAGAAAUAAAAUCAGGGCUUCUGGUCAUGAUUCAGUCUCAGAACAACUUCCAGGACUCUAGCACAUCGACGUACACCUCACACGUGUGCACCCCCAAUAAGACGCCUCCCUGCCUACGAUGCCCGGUCCUUGUUCAAAUUCACCAGAAAAGCUUUGAACGGUAUGCCAUCGUCACGCGCGCUGGUCACCAGGCCUCUGCUCCUUCCCUUUACUUAAAGCUGAAAAAGAGCAGAGUGACCGCAUCCAAUUCCAACCCAUGUCAGUUCAUCGUCACAUUCGACAACGCCGAUGGCCACUCCUACAGGUUUGAGGCCAGCACCAAAAAGAGCGCGGAAGAAUGGAUCAAGGCAUUCACCAACAGCGUUCACAAUUUCCCAAUCAAAAGCAAAAGGAGCCAGGACGUUUUUCACAGCCUCGAAAUACUGCCGGAAUCUCCAGUGGAGUACGAGGAGCCGGUGGUCACGGCUCACAGCGUGUGCACCACGUCACGGUCGCCUAAAAAGAGGUUGACGCGGCAGAGUUCGUUGACCUCUAAAGCCAUGCCGACACUGUCAGAAUCUAUAGACGAGGACGACUCCCAGUGCUGAAUUUGUGUGAUUUACUCUCCUUCCUCCCUCAAAUUAUUACCAAUUCAGACACAAUUUAGCCCUUAAAGCAACAUUACAACGUAUGCACUACAAUUAUGGAAUACACUGACGAAAUUACGAAGGAAAUACCAGCACUAUUGUAUUCAUCCAGUUUCUAUCCUCAGGCUACAAGAGAGCAUCCACUGAUCAUUAUUGUCAAUAAGCUCAUAGAAAAGUGAGUGAAUUAAAAACAAAACUCAAGACAAAAAAUAUAAAAAAAAAACGUUUAUGAUUAUUUCAUCACGCUGCUAAGCUAGCAAUCGUUGUGCAAUAGUGGAAAACAGUACUUGUAGAGAAAAGAACGGAAUUGAUUUUUUCCCCACCAUCUUCCUGUGACUUGUUUCAUAACUAUUGAUUCAGGGAGUGUUUACACAAACUGGAAGAAGAAUGUUAUGGAUUGUCGUUUUAUUUUUCAUGCACUGUAACUGAAGACUGUUAUUGUUAUUGCUCAAGAGCCCACACAGAUUCCAUGUUUUUUUUUUUAAUUACAGGAGUGUACUGUUUCCCCUCUAACCUGGUAGCAUCCAAUUAAAAUUUUUGAUUUUUUGAAAAUCCGUUUUGUUUCGAUGUAGAAUUAUAUAGACUUGCCUUCAAUUUAAAUCUACUGUCUUUUAAAAUAAGUAAAGAUUUUAAAGAAACAAGAAGCCGUUAGCCUUAGGUGAAUUAAACAUUGACGAUCCCUACGUCCUAUAUCAUGCAUACAUUAAAAAAAAUAUAUAGGGCCUAUAAUUUCAAAUUAUAACCUUCCCACAUUGUUGAGUUUGUAAUUUUGUUUAAAUUUGGAAAUAUGAACACAUUGUGUCAAGAUCUGUGUGAUUUUGAGUCACUUGAAAAUAAUCUUCCUGAAAAAACAAACGAUCUCUUUGAAAACCUCCUAGCUAUCUACGUCAUCCAAUAAAGAAAUCGCAGGGACAGGAAGCAAUAGUGUCAUAAAGAUACAUUGCAACGUAAAUGGGUGAUGAGGAUUAGGGUGUAGAAUUAAUGUUCUCUAGCAGAAACUGGUGCCCCUUCCUUUGAGACACUGAGUGACUGAAACUCAAGACCCAUGCUUUCUUUGAGCUUCAUUACUUCGCCACUGUUUUGAUUACCUGUUGUUUUUUUUUUAGUUCUACUUAACACCUAUUGUUUUUCGUACAUGGCGGCAAACCUAAAAAUAGCAAGCUUUUUGGUGUAUCCGGUGUACACAAUACAAGUGUGGAUCAAGCUGUUUUUAAAACGUUGCAUGAUAUUUUUUGUGUGCACAUUUUAGCUCUGUAGAAUCAAAAGUUUUGCUAAGCUCUUCUGUUUGUGACUUUCAUUAAAAGGACAAUUUCGAAUUUCAACUUAACGUCCUUGACAUUGUGUAGUUUAUCGUGAAUAUUUCCAAAACACGUGUUUGUAUGUGGGCAGCAUACAGAUAUUUCCAAAACACGUGUUUGUAUGUGGGCAGCAUACAGAUAUUUCCAUUCUAAGUCUAAACUUAGGACUAAAACCUACUUUUUUUCUAUUUGUCUCUUCGCUUUCUUUUUAAAUUAGGCUUGACAUUUGUAACCACGGCCGCCUCCUUUCCCUGCUGUCCUGUUUGGGCUAGGAGAUAAUAUUGACAUGUCCUUAGGUACGUCUGAAACCUGUCUAGGUCAAGUCUUACAUUUUUAAUCUUCUUUUGAAAUCAGCUCCAUACUAUUAAAAUCUUUUUUUUUUCAGAAUUGUUUUUUUUUUUUUAAAAAAAAGCUUCAACAAAGUAUAUAAUGAAAUAGUUUGACCCACUUUGUAUGUAUAAAAAAUAGUCUAGUCGAUUGAUGAUGUGCUUCCAUAUUUUGGUCCAGGCAGUAUCCAUUUAUGUAUAAAUUUCCUUUUAAAAGAACCCUGAUAUUUCCACAAACAUUCUUAAAAUUGUUACAGUUGUUUAUUUAAAUUUCGUUCAUUUCAGUUGUUGAUGUACAUACAGAGAGUGCUUUUGCUAAUCAUUGAAGCCAUAUCUUAUUCAUUUAAACGUACAUUUUAAAGGUAGAAUAACAGUAACACCGAAUUAUUUACUCGGUCUAGUUUUUUCUUAUCUUUGGAAGGAAAUGGGUCAACCAGAUAAGUUAAUUAGUAACAUUGUUUAACUGUGUUUACCAAAUGAAUGAUAUAUUUUCUUAGAGGCUGAUGAAGGAGAGGGUGAGAAAGAAAAAAAAAGGUGAAAGUUUAUAGAAGUCAAUUUAUUUGUGGAAAACAAAAAGUUUACAUUCCAAUAUUUUAAGCCACAAUACCUGGAUGGUUGGGAAAACAUGAUUAUCGCUCUCCAGAUAUGGCAGAUGGUUCUUUGUAUAGGAUUCGAAUUUGUUGCUUUAACGCUGUAAGAUGCCGAUGCAAACAUACCCACACUCAUUGCAUGUUCCUUAAGAAAACUGAAACAUUUAAACAUUAGCUUACAUAUGAUAAAACGUGCACUCAAACCAAUUUGUAAAUACAAAAAAAUUUGCCCAUUGUGAUCGACCCACGCAUAUCAAUGUUGUGCAAGAAAUGCUGUACUAUCUCAUUAUGUGAUACCAUUUCAAUGUUUGUAUAUAUGGCUUUAAACUUAUCAUUCAUUUACACAGGUAAUUUACACUUCUCCAAAUAUUUAUAUUCAUACAGUGUACAUAUAUAAUGUGAAAAGCCAAUGAUUAUUGGAGAGUGUUUUGUUAUUUGUUAAUUGUUUCUGGUCAUUUGAUAUUGAUCUUCUGGUCAACGCAAAUAAUUAUUUAUAAUACCAAAUAAAAGUCAUUCGAAAUAA